AUGCUCUUGCUCAAUUACAUUGCAUGUUAUAAAGAAGAAGAAGAAGAAGAAGAAGAAGACGAUGAAGAAGAAGGAGGAGGAGGAGAAGAAGAAGAAAAAGAAGAAGACGAUGAAGAAGAAGGAGGAGGAGGAGAAGAAGAAGAAAAAGAAGAAGACGAUGAAGAAGAAGAAGAAGAAGAAGAUGAUGAUGAUGAUGAUGAUGAUGAUGAUGAUGAUGAUGAUGAUGAUGAUGAUGAUGAUGAUGAUGAUGAUGAUGAUGAUGAUGAUGAUGAUGAUGAUGAUGAUGAUGAUGAUGAUGAUGAUGAUGAUGAUGAUGAUGAUGAUGAUGAUGAUGAUGAUGAUGAUGAUGAUGAUGAUGAUGAAGAUGAUGAUGAUGAUGAUGAUGAUGAUGAUGAUGAUGAUGAUGAUGAUGAUGAUGAUGAUGAUGAUGAUGAUGAUGAUGAUGAUGAUGAUGAUGAUGAUGAUGAUGAUGAUGAUGAUGAUGAUGAUGAUGAUGAUGAUGAUGAUGAUGAAGAAAAAGAAGAAGAGGAAAGAGAAGAAGACGAUGAAGAAAAAGGAGGAGGAGGACGAUUGCAUAUUGAUCCAUAUGAUGAUGAUAAUGAUGAUGAUGAUGAUGAUGAUGAUGAUGAUGAUGAACAAUGA